CUCAAGCGUUUUUUUCAGCACCAACUUUAGCUGAAGUAUUAAAUCAUUUUCAAAAUUUACAUCGUGACGUUAAAGGUGAUAUCGUUGAAAUGAACAUUUUAAAAGGAUUAGCGGAUGUGUUACCAACAGAGUUUAGUGGUUUGGGGAUCAAUGGUGUAACAACUAGUAACGAUUCUGUGGUAUUGGACGAAAAAGAUGAUGAUGAUGUAGGUGAACUAUUCUCGGUUUGGAAUAAUCACAAUAACCAGGGAACAUCAAAUAAAAAAUCGCGAAUAAGAAGAGCAAGUACCACUGAUAUUUCAGAUGUUAAUUCGAGACGAACAUUAUAUGGGUCACCAGCUAUGGACUUCGUUGAAGAAACUACAACAAGGAAAAGAAAAGGAAUUGAUACAGAAAAUAAUAAGAACGCGUCAAAAAAGUAUUUACAUGAAACACUUAACGAGGACGGCUUCCAACAUUCUACCGAAUUUGAUGAAUCUAUGCUGACUUCUUUCACCACAUCGUUCUUCGCCCCGACUGAUGAUAUAAAUCUAUCUACAUCUUCCAAUCCACUCGUGACUUAUGCACAACACCGUAUAACUACUGCUUAUGACGCUAUAUCCCAUCAUCUAACAACACAUACACAAGGAAAAAUAUCUCUUUAUGAAAAGUCAUGCCAAGAAUAUGAACUAUUACUAGAAAUACUUGAUGCAUUAGAUGGUGUUGGUGAUGAGGUGGCAUUGGCGAAGAUGUUAGAGAAUUGGUUCGAUGACGUUGAAGAUAACGAAUUUAAUAAUAUCAACAUCGAAACUAUUGAUGAAAGUCAACAAGUAAAGAAAAUGACUAAGACCGAAAAUAGUGAAGAGGUAAAGGAUGAUAAAAAGAUCAAGAAUGAAAUUGAAAUCAAGAGUGAAGAUAGAGAAAUAGAAGAUUCUUCACUGAAUACUAAUGUUGGUGUCGUUACCGGAGAGGUAAGUUCGUCUUCUUCUGUCGAGGAGGGCGAAAUCGAGGAAGAGGAAGAAAUUGUAAAUCAUGAUGGAGAUGUUCUCAAAAAGAGUGACGAAAUAUCAACACUAUCGCGCAACAAAACUAUAAUCUUAAAAAAUUCUGAAGCAGGGAAAAACAAACUCGCCAGAGAGAGCAGUCCUGGGUGGGCAUGGGAUGAUGAAGAAAUUGGAGACUGA